AUUUGACCUAAUUUUACCCUGAACGCGCUUAGGUGUCCGAGAAUUGGUGCUUUUACCUUAACACCUCCUUUUUAGCUCUUCUCAUUUUUUUCCUGUCCAAAGGUGCGGCCAUGGCAGUGGCGUUUGCGGUAAACAGAGGGGCUUUGCCCAGAUGCUGCCCAGUCAAUAAUAGAGCAAGCCAGAUUGAGGCAGAAGUAGCUGCAUCGAGGGCGCUCGGCCAAGGCGCUGCAUUGCUUGGAAAAUUUGCAUCACCAGCAAUCAGGGAGUCGGCAUUCCAUGAUGUGGAUGCAAACAGGCACAUCAAGCGCAGGAGGAAGCGACAGCUUGCAUGCAGAGCUGCUGGAGCGAGCAAUGCUGAGAAAACUGUAGCACGAUCUGAAGACCGGAUAGAACUUGGCAAGACUGGCCUGCAAGUCUCACCUGUCGGCAUUGGAACGCUACAGUGGGGGGACCCUGGGUCUGGUUUCGGAGACUCUUACGACGAGGAGACGCUGAAGGAGGUAUUUGACACAGCAGCGGAAGGGGGGAUCUCAUUCUUUGACACGGCUGAGGUGUACGGGUAUGAGAGUAUCAAGAAGGGCCAGUCCUCGGAGCAGCUGGUGGGCCGCUUCACCAAGUCGCUACCAGCAGGAAAACCGGCGCCCGUGGUGGCGACCAAGUUCUUCACGAUUCCCUGGACGAAUCUCCUCGUGGGUGGAGGAUUUCGCUUCGGACGCAAAUCCAUGAUUGCUGCGCUGAAAGAGAGCCUCAAACGGCUCGGCAAAGACAAGGUCGAUUUGUACCAGAUUCACUUCCCAUUUCCCACCUUCUCGAACAGCACGCUCAUGGACGGUUUGAAAGAGGUUAGGGACCUCGGGUUGGCGGACGCGGUCGGCGUCUCCAACUACUCCUUAGCUCAGAUGGAAGACGCGCACUCCCUAUUAGACAAGCACGGCAUCCCCCUAGCCUCCAAUCAAGUCCAGUAUAGUUUACUGAGUCGGGCGCCCGACAAGAGUGGGCUCCUUGAAAAGGCGAAAGAUUUGGGCGUGUCGGUGAUAGCAUAUCAACCACUGGCCUCCGGCAAGCUGACGCAGCGGCAACUAGAAAGGGGAGAGCAGGGCAGCGAGCUGCGGCCGCUAUUGCAGCUGAUGAGCUUUAUCGGCGCCGUGAAUGGGGGCAAGAGCGUCACCCAGGUUGCGUUGAACUACCUCGUCUGUAAAGGGGCUAUUCCCAUACCAGGGUGCAAGUCUGUAGUGCAAGCGAAAGAGCACGUGGGCGCCCUGGGAUGGCGGCUCGACGAGAACGAAGUUGCCACGAUCGAGGAGAAGCUGGCAAGCCUCAGCCUCUGACAGGAGACAUGAGCCGUCUUGAGUGCUCGUGAGACGGACUCCCAGCCUAGGUACUGUAUACACGGAUCUGGUAUGAGGGAGCAGACUGCGCUUUAGUGGAUCUAAACUCAGAUUUCUUUGAGGAAAGAUAAGCGGAUUGUCGUCGUAUAGUUGGAUCAAUUGCGAGUCGCUUCUAGCUUCUCACGGAUUAAGACGAGGGCAUGUAUUGCGCAGUUGACCUGAUGCUGCAACCAGCACGGUUCGAGAACGGAGAUAGAGCUUGCUUCUCGGCUUGACCCGGUUCAGUGUGUACUACUGAUUGCUGAUCGGGGAAAAACGGUUGAUUUGAGCAUGCUUCCGGCCUGCAAGUAAGUACAUGUUCCACGAGUUGCAGCUGAUGCAGCUAUAACAUCUGUAGACUGAAGAUCUGGUUGCUUCUCUUUGUUUGUUC